AUGGACAAGAAGGUCAGGGUUGGGGCUGCUGCACCAGGGCGUGCCCCCUGCCUGGAUAGGAUGACAGCACUUGAGAAAUUGGUCAGAGUUUUUGCUGAAACUCCGGGUGAGAAUGUAAUUGUGCCGAAGAUAGGGGUCAGCUUCGAUACUCUUGGAGAAGCUUAUGACUUUUACAAUCUGUAUUCGUGGGAGAAAGAGUUCGGCAUUAGAUAUGGGAAAAGCAGGCUAAAUGUUAACAGGGCGAAGUGCAUGCAAGAGAUAGUUUGUGGCUGUGCGGUAUGGGUUCGAUCUUUCAGCUUGUACUAA